AUGAAGAUCAUGCAGGGACAGAAGAUCCUGCGGACAUACCUGUCAGCUCGGAGGCUCCUCUGGGAAAGCAAGACAUCUGUCAACAGCAUGGCCCUGACAUUGUCCAACAUUACCUACAUCACCCUUGAGAUUCUCAUUGGGCUCUGUGCUAUAGUAGGCAACGUGCUGGUCAUCUGGGUAGUCAAGCUGAACCCCAGUCUGCAGACUACCACCUUCUAUUUUAUUGUUUCCUUAGCCCUGGCUGACAUUGCUGUUGGGGUGCUGGUCAUGCCUUUGGCCAUUUUUGUCAGCCUGAGCAUCACCAUCCACUUCUAUAGCUGCCUUUUCAUGGCCUGUCUGUUGCUGAUCUUCACUCAUGCCUCCAUCAUGUCUUUGCUAGCCAUUGCUGUGGAUCGAUACCUACGGGUCAAGCUUACUGUCAGAUUCAGGAUUCCUGAGGUUCCUGAGUACACAACAUUCCUGCUAAAGGUUUGCUUUCUUCUGGUCAUGGUGUUCUUCAUUCUACUCUCCUUGGCUCUUUCGUCAGAUGCUAUGGUCAUGGAUGAAAAGGUCAAGGAAAGCUUUGUACUGGACACAGCUUCUGCCAUCUGCAACUAUGAUGCCUACUAUAAGGACUACCCCAAAUACUGGUGCCGAGGCUACUUCCGGGACUACUGCAACAUCAUCGCCUUCACACCCAACAGCACCAGCCGUGUGGCCCUGAGGGACACAGGAAACCAACUCAUUGUCACUAUGUCCUGCCUGACCAAGGAGGACACAGGCUGGUAUUGGUGUGGCAUCCAGAGGGACUUCGCCAGGGAUGACAUGGAUUUUACAGAGCUUAUCGUGAUGGACAGCAGAGAAGCCUUCACUGAUGACCUCUGGUCUCAGAAAGAAAUUCCAGGUAACAAGACCAGAAGCUGCAAAUCUUCCAAAGUUAUCCAGAAAGCAGAUCGCUCCAGAAUGUCCAUUCUCAUCAUCUGUGUACUGAUCACUGCCCUGGGGAUCAUCUCUAUAGUCAGUCAUUUGUCCAAAAGAAGGAGACGUCAAAGGAGUAGAAGGGACAAAGGUCUCCCUAGAAGCUCGAAAACCAGCCAAGCCUCGUCUGUGAUUCCCACGCCCUUGCUCUGGGAGUUCCCAGGAGGUUCCCCACUACUGCCCCUGCUGAGAAUCCUGUUCUUUUCGGUGCCAUAG